AAAGUACAAAAAUGACUAAUUUGACGGUCCCGAAAUGCAAAUUACUCCAAAUUCACCCAGCCUAAAUCCGGCGUAGGAUUAUCUCGCAAAUUCCUUCGCCAACGUAAUAUAACAGAAACGCUCGGUUUCAUUUUGCCGCUGGAAUCUUCAGAAUUGGCGGCGAUGUGCCCAGAAUCUUCCGAUGCUUCUCCGAACAAACGCAUCAAAACCAUAACCCCACCUCCUCAUUCUCCGCCCUCUUUGAUCUCCAAAGGCAAAUCCAAAAUCCAGGAGGGAGAAUCAUUGCCGAUUCAAGCGGAAGCUGAAAAUGAAUCGGCCGAUUGUUGCGGGAUUUGCUUGUCGGAAGCUGGCGAUGCCGGAGUCAGCAGAGGAUACAUUGACAGCUGCAACCAUUACUUUUGUUUCGUUUGCAUCAUGGAGUGGGCAAAGGUCGAGUCCAAAUGUCCCCUAUGCAAGCGCCGCUUCUCCGCUAUCCGCCGCCCUCCCAAGCCGCCCAUCUUCGCCUCUGAGCGCAUCGUUCAUGUCCCUGUUCGGGACCAGGUUUAUCAUUACUUUGGAAAUGCAACAGUUGGGCCUCCAGAUCCAUAUUCAGAAGCUAAAUGUAGCGUGUGUCACGGUGUAGCAGAUGAAAGCCUCCUACUCUUGUGUGAUCUUUGCGACUCUGCUGCUCAUACUUACUGCGUUGGUCUGGGUGUAACUGUUCCUGAAGGUGAUUGGUAUUGCCAGGACUGUACACUUUUGAGGGAGGAGCGCUUGAAAAGUGAAACUAAUACUGAUUCUGGCGUUCAAGUUAGUUUUGAUGCCCUCGCCAAAAUAUCAUCAGCUAAUGAACAUGUUACUAUUUUUGAUAUUGUACGAGAAACUUGUGGUCAUGCAGCAGUGCAGAGUCACAGAAGCGCCUCUUCAGAUCCGGAUUACUUACCACCUCCUAGUUCUAAUAAUGUUGAAACUAGUAUGAUCAAUAGUAUCGAUAUACCAAUUUCAACAAGCCUGGAAACUGUUGCACAACAUCCAACCAAGCCAAACGCCAGAACUUUGCGGCGUUGUCGCAAUCUGCAUGAUCGUAUACGUGUAUUACGUCAAAACUGGAAUGGCUUUCGAAGUGGUAUCUUGCACUUUUCUUCUAGUGCAGGUGAUGGUAAUAUCUCUAGUAAAAAAUCCAUGAGUUGUGUGAGUGAACAACAUUCAGUAUCUUGCGUAAAUCUGCAAUCAACAGCUCAAUGUAGUUCUUCUGUUAUCACUAAUGACAUUGAGGCACAUGAGAUAGACAGAGCUUGGAAGAUGUUAGAUAAGGCAAAGUCAAUCAGACAGGGUCGUGGAAGGCCCAGCAUUGUACAUCAGGCAUCAGAAUGCACUACAAGAAAACCAAACGCCAUUGAACGUGCUGGUUGUACGAGUUAUAGACAUUCAGCAGAUAGCCAACAGAAUAGAUCAAAGAAUGUGGGAAGUGUUGGAACAAGUCGGCAUUGCCAUUAUUCUCUUGAAAAGGCUUACGAUAAUAAGCCAUCUUCAGGGUCCGGAAAACACAAGUGGAGGCGGCAUAUGACUGAGGAUGCUACAAAGUUGUUUUCUAGGGGUUCAUUGUCUGGCCUUUCACCAACUAACCAAGAACUGGGAUCUUCUGAAGGUACGCAAACUCCCUCAUACACGUGCACUGCUAGUUUGAGGACUGAUGAGAAACCACCAGCUGAAAAAUCAUUUAAAGAGCCCACCUGCUUGAGUUCAUCAGUCAUGUCAGAAUCAAUGCUGGUGAAUGUAGAUGUCAAAGGGGUCAAUCUUACCUCUUCCUCCUGUAGCAAGAUAAAGAAUCCCAAGGAGAAAAGCAAGUUGGAGCAAAAAUACGUUGCCAGCCAGCUCUAUAAUGAUGCUAAGAGUGAGAUUCAGUCUCUUGUAAAACUCAACCUAAAACUUCAAACUAAAGCGGAGAAAUUAGAAGUUGAUGCAUUUAAGGAAGUUGCGCGGCUAGCUACACAUUCUAUAUUAGCUGCAUGUGGUUUGGAGCAUCCAAAGGCUGGUUCCUGUUCUAUCCCAGGUAUUAUAUGCUCUCAUCCCACUGAAGUUCGGCAACUUCAGAAGUUCAGUCUAAUGCCUAAUUCUUGCAGAGAAUGCUUUUAUGUAUUUGUGAAGGAUGUGGUUAAUACUGUUUUGUUGCAGAAGAAGCAGAUGCAGAAAAAAACAUGAUUUCUUGCUGAACUCUUCUAUUAUUAAUAAUUUUGUCAUGUGCUGUAGUUUCUUGAUUUUUAUGGUAGUGUAAUUCUGUGUAUACACUAGUAUAUUAUGUGACAUGAGAUAAAUUAAUUAUGCAUGUUCUUGA